CUCGCGCCCUCCCGCCCGCCUCAGCGCAGUUGGCGGGAGCCGCGUGCCGCUGAGCCCGCCCCCGCCUGAGGCGGCGGCCGCGGGAGGAGCGGGGCAGCCGGUCUCUGCCGCCGCUGCCCGCAGCGCUCAGGAAGGGGCGAGCGCGCUCCCCGCCGCGCCGGGGUUGGCCCCCGCCGCAGAGGCAGCUCGGCGACGCCGGGAGGGAAGCGCCGCUAGCGAUGGAGCGCAGCGGGCAGGCGCCGCCGCCGCCCGCUGCUCAGCAGGCGCCUUGUAUUGGCCACUCUUGAAAAUGGGAUACCAGGCUAUAUGGGCUUCUGGUCUGAAGCAGUGCUACUAUUCUUAUAUGGCAACAGAUGACCAAACAGCCCUGGUCAUUAAGCCCAGGAAUAAAAGAGGAAACAGUGAUUGGGCAUCAGCUGGAUUUAACAUUAUCAACUCUAUCAUAGGAUCAGGCAUUAUAGGAUUGCCAUAUUCAAUGAAGCAAGCUGGCUUUCCCUUAGGAGUACUGCUUUUAUUUGGGGUUGCCUAUAUCACAGAUUAUUCAAUUAUAUUACUGAUCAAAGGAGGGAACAUCUCCAGUACGAGCACCUAUCAAGAGCUGGUCAAAAAAACAUAUGGUCUUACAGGUUAUUUAAUUCUUUCAACCCUUCAGUUUUUAUAUCCAUUUAUUGCUAUGAUUAGUUACAAUAUAAUAACAGGAGACACUUUAACUAAGGUUUUUCAGAGAGUUCCUGGAGGUGGACCAGACAAUGUACUUACUGACCGUCAUUUCAUAAUUCUUUUUACCACCAUCAUCUUUACCUUGCCUCUAUCUCUGUAUCGUGACAUAGCAAAACUGGGAAAGGUAUCUCUUAUUUCUCUGAUUUUGACAAUUGUCAUCCUGGUUAUUGUGAUGGUGAGGACAGCAACAUUCAGUCCACAAGUACCCAAAUCAGAAAAUGCUUGGAUAUUUGCAAAAUCAAACGCAGUACAAGCCAUUGGGGUGAUGUCAUUUGCAUUCAUUUGCCACCAUAACAGCUUUUUAAUCUAUGGCUCUCUGGAGGAACCUACUUUAAACAGCUGGUCUCGAAUCACACAUGUGUCAGUCUCGCUUGCUGUUAUUAUCAGUGUAGUGUUUGCUGCAUGUGGAUAUAUGACUUUUGCAGAAUACACAGAAGGAGAUAUAUUUGAAAACUACUGUAGAGAUGACAACCUCGCUACUUUUGGAAGAUUUUGUUACGGAGUUACUGUAAUUCUGACCUUCCCCCUUGAAUGUUUUGUGACCAGAGAGGUGAUUGCCAAUGUGUUUUUCCAUGGGAACCUGUCAACAAUUUUCCAUAUUAUUGUGACAGUAAUUAUUGUUGCUGUGGCAACUGCUAUCUCAUUAGUAUAUGACUGCCUUGGAAUAGUUUUAGAGCUGAAUGGGGUUCUCAGUGCCACCCCACUUGUUUUUAUCAUCCCAACAGCGUGUUAUCUGAGGCUGUCUGAAGAGCGAUGGAACCAUUCAGAUAACAUCAUAUCCUGCCUGAUUCUUGCUGUCGGUGUGCUAGUGAUGACAGUUGGGUUUGUUUUGACUAUCUUGCAUCCCCAGGAAUGUAGCCAUGGAAAAGAAAUGUUCUACUGCUUCCCUAGUAAUGUUUCUUUUCACAAUAGUACACUUCCACCCUAGGAAAUACACAAAUCAGCAGACUAGAUCAGGUACAUCUCCCAGCAAGCUAUUUGCUAAUUUAAAUAAGACUGGAACAAAAAUGUGCUAAGAAUUCUGAACUGUGUAACUGAAUUUGUACACUUGGUUUUACGCUGCAGCCCUUUUCCAGGUAAGAUGUGAAUUUUAACUUUUGAAAUUGAAGUGCCCUGAAAUGUAUUUCAGUAGGUGUUACUUGAAUAACUUGCACAUCUAUCAAAAAGUCUGCAUUUUUUUAAGUUAAUGAGUCAGCAACACUGCUUAAACCAUAAAUGAUGUGUUUAGGAAUGUAAACUUUUCCCAUGAUUAAUGUCAUUUAGUUACUAACUUUAUAAUUUUUUAAUGUGUAUUUAUUAGCAUACUGUAGUAUAUUUUUAGGAGUCCUGAAACAGAGAGACCCAGCCACAUUCUGUUAUUAAAACUGUGCUUUGCAAUUGAAAGACCCCUAUUAAUUCUGUUUUUGAUUUAGCAGUAAUUGUCCUUAAGUGCUGAAAGUAUCCCUUGUGCUGCGUCUUCACUCGAGGGCAAUUUUAUAUCCUUUCUGAACUGUAACUGAUAGAAUUUCUGAACUGUAACUGAUACAACUCAACUGUACGAAUUACAAUUUGUGGUCUUGUAACUGGAAGUUUUUGAAUGAAUAAAACCACACCGGUGAAUUUGC